AUGCAGAAUGGCAAGAACAUUGUUAAUAUGCAAGUGUCUUUCAAGAAAGAAGAAACAGAUCCAUUCCAACACCAACAGACAAUGCCAAAAUGCAAAAGACCUGAGGAACUUGAAUCUUCCACUAAAGUAAUGGAAGCUAAAUUAAGUGAAAACCUGAGUGAAGAUCUGAAGAAAACCCUUAAACAACGGCUUGGCAUUGACCCAGUGGUAGAGUUUCGACCUGUGGAUCCAGAAGCAUUGUACAGAUUAAAACCAAUGCCUCCUAGAAGACUUACAUGGGUGAAGAUUAUAGAAAAACUUGAUGAUGAUGAAAAUAUACAUUGUUGUGCAGCUGCCUAUCUUUCUGAUUAUAUUAUUAUCACAACAUCUUUACUUCCAAAUGAGAAAAGUUCACAGAAAUUCUUUGUCACUUCUUUAGACCAUUCAAUUUGGUUUCACAAUAAAUUCAGAGUCGAUGAUUGGCUGUUGUAUGAAACUGAAAGCUGUUACACAGGUGGAGGUAUAGGAUUUGCCACUGGACGUUUCUGGACCCAAGAUGGACUUUUAGCAGCCUCAGUUGCUCAGCAAGGAGUUGUAAGAUCAUUAUUAUGA